AUGGAUGAAUCCGACAACAAAAAUGAAUCAAAAAAAAACUACGCAAAGUUUCAAUUAGAAAAUUACAUAAAUAGACUAAACGAAGAUUUUGAACCAAUUAAAAACCAUCACAAACCAGAUUCGCUAGAUCCUAAAGAAUGGGCUUCAUAUCUAAAAGUAACGAAAAAAAAAAUUGAAAUUACGAGAAUUCAAGCGGAAUGGCCAUAUAUCGGUACCCUAUUUGAAUAUACAUUUUUACUCAUUCAAGAAUCAAAAAAGAAAUUGUUCACAACCGAAGAACUCAGAAAAAAAUGGGUAAAAGACGAACUUAUGCAAUCAACAUCUAACGAUCUUUCCGAAUCUCACAGAAAUAGAUAUAAACAGGUAUAUGAUCAUUUAUACAAUUUAAUCAAGACUUUUGAAGAAAACGAAAUAUCGAUGAACGAAUGGUUUCCCUUGUUACAAAAAACCGGAAUCACAUUUAGAUUUCUUCAUGAUUCAAAUGGAAAAAAAAAGGAUAAAGAUUUUAAAGAAACUUACGAAAUUUUCAUUAACCUUAUAAUUAAACAAUGCAAGAAAAAUUAG